UUGACUUCUGUUCCGUGGCUCGGAUCAUCGUGCGAUUACUGAUCCGUGAAUCAUGCGUGCUAACGACGUGAUUCUGGUGGAGUAAAUGCAGAAUGGGUAGGUGGGCGUCACUCCUUCCUACCUCCACCUCUUGGGGCUAUCGUGGCACUGCGGACGGUUGGGCGGCGGCUCUACCACCACCUCAAGCUGCGGUGUGCCGGCUCUGACGGCAAUGGAGUUCUUGCUGCAGCCGUUCAACAGAACGACUCUGAUUGAGGAAGUGAAUGACAGCGAGAUACCGACGGGGCCAACGCGAUGUCCUGUUGUUCCGGUGCCGGCGUUGUCCUUGCCGGCGGCGAGUGCAUCCAGCGCAGAUGCGCUAAUCUGCUCGCCGCCUCAUGGAGCAGCAAAGGAUGGGCGUGAGAGGCCGCAGGGAUCUGAGAACUCGAUAGAGCAAGUUGAUCCACAGGCUCCGGGAUGGACUAGAAGGGUCGGGGUUGGGGCUGCAGCGCCGGGGCGUGCUCCCUGCCCGGAUAGGAUGACAGCCCUGGAAAAUCGGUCAGAGUUUUUGCUGAAACUCCUGGUGAUAAUAAACGACGGCCGGCGUUGACUCCAGAGCGAGCGAUCCAGGUAUACACCCGAUCGCCGCACUGUGGACAAGGGACCAGGGGCAAAAUCUCAUCCUGGGGUGCCGAUGAUGAUGAUGCAGACAUGCUUGAGGGCGAGGUGAGAUAAACCAAGUGGGACGAGGUGCUUAUGUAGAUGAGAACCGUGCUGGGUAAGAUUCCUGCCUCCAACGGGUAGAUGCAUUAAAUAAGUGUGAAACCACCCGUUAGACCGGAAUCCCUACCAGGACGGCUCAGUUCGUAAUGCAAUUUCUGCCCCGCCAAGCAUAAAAUCUGUUCCGCGCCGGUCCGUGCUAACGGCGAAGCUGUGAUUCCAUCGGGCUGGUGGGCCAUGGGCCAUAAAAAUUUUGCAUCGCUGGAAUUCCACCCUGGAAAGACCUGUCCACCAGCGCUCAUCACGAGAAGGAGUUGUGGUACAGAUACCGAGAGC